GUGAAAUGGCAACGCUGUUCACUCAGUCGUUGUCGGCAACAUCCGACGUCUAUGCGUAGUCUGUCGCUUGUCACCUUUCCAUCUAUGGCCAUUUUCAUUUAAGUUCUGGAAAAUAAGUCACCUUUUAGUGACACUGCCAAGAAGUAUUGAACAUGUCUUUGGACAACAGUAAGGCCACCUUGCGGCCUGUCCGCAGAAUUCAGUUUGGCAUCCUGAGUCCUGAUGAAAUUAGACGAAUGUCAGCCACAGAAGGUGGCAUUAAAUAUGCAGAAGUUUACGAAAAUGGACGACCAAAGUUGGGUGGCUUAAUGGAUCCUCGUCAAGGAUGCAUUGAUAGGAACACAAGAUGCAUAACCUGUGCUGGAAAUAUGACAGAUUGUCCAGGCCACUUUGGUCAUAUGGAGCUUGCCAAGCCAGUUUUUCAUAUAGGAUUUGUUACUAAAACCAUCAAGAUUCUUAGAUGUGUCUGCUUCUACUGCAGUAAACUUCUCUUCAAUGCACAAAAUCCAAAAAUUCGUGAAAUUGUGACCAAAUCCAAGGGUCAGCCAAGGAAGCGUCUUCUUCAUGUUUAUAACUUGUGCAAAUCUAAGAUGAUUUGUGAAGGAGGUGAUGAUGUUGAUGUUGGCAAAGAUCCUGAGGAUCCUAGUGUAUUGAAGAAGGGCAGUGGCCAUGGAGGUUGUGGUCGCUACCAGCCAAAAAUCAAGCGAGUGGGGUUGGAGUUGAUUGCCGAGUGGAAACAUGUCAAUGAGGAUACUCAGGAAAAGAAGCAAGUUCUAACAGCAGAACGUGUUUAUGAAAUCUUCAAACACAUCACAGAUGAAGAAUGUUAUUUGUUGGGUAUGGAUCCAAAAUAUGCCCGCCCAGAUUGGAUGAUCUUGACAGUGUUACCAGUACCACCUCUUCCUGUUCGGCCUGCUGUUGUUAUGCAUGGUUCAGCUCGAAAUCAGGAUGAUCUUACGCACAAACUUGCAGACAUCAUCAAGGCAAAUAAUGAACUUAUUCGAAAUGAACAAGCAGGUGCUGCUGCACACAUUAUUGUUGAAAAUAUCAAGAUGCUUCAGUUUCAUGUUGCAACUCUUACUGACAAUGAUAUGCCAGGUAUGCCUAGAGCCUUGCAGAAGUCAGGAAGACCUUUGAAAGCAAUCAAAGCAAGGUUAAAAGGUAAAGAAGGUCGAAUUCGAGGUAAUCUCAUGGGUAAGCGUGUUGACUUCUCAGCACGUACUGUCAUUACUGCAGAUCCAAAUCUACGUAUUGAUCAAGUCGGGGUCCCGAGGUCAAUCGCACAGAAUCUUACCUAUCCAGAAAUUGUCACACCGUUCAAUAUUACAAAAAUGCAGGAGCUUGUAAAGCGAGGCAACAACCAGUAUCCUGGGGCCAAGUACAUAGUUCGUGAUAAUGGAGCACGUAUAGAUUUAAGGUACCACCCCAAACCAUCUGACCUCCAUUUGCAGUGUGGUUAUAAAGUAGAAAGGCACAUCACAGAUGGAGAUUUGGUCAUCUUCAAUCGACAGCCAACUCUGCAUAAAAUGUCCAUGAUGGGUCACAGAGUGAAAGUUCUUCCGUGGUCAACAUUCCGCAUGAACCUUUCUGUAACAUCUCCAUACAAUGCUGAUUUUGAUGGUGAUGAAAUGAAUUUACAUGUGCCACAGAGUAUGGAAACAAGGGCUGAAAUUGAGAAUCUUCAUGUGACCCCACGCAUGAUCAUCACACCACAGGCUAACAAGCCAGUCAUGGGAAUUGUGCAGGACACACUCACAGCUGUCAGAAAACUAACAAAAAGAGAUGUUUUUCUUGAGAAGGCUGAAAUGAUGAACCUACUGAUGUUCUUGCCUAUUUGGGAAGGUCGCAUGCCUCAGCCAGCUGUUUUGAAGCCCAAACCUUUGUGGACUGGGAAACAGCUCUUUUCUCUCAUCAUUCCUGGAAACCUUAACCUGGUCAAGACACAUUCCACGCAUCCUGAUGAUGAAGAUGAUGGACCUUACAAAUGGAUAUCUCCUGGAGACACAAAGGUUUUGGUGGAACAUGGAGAACUGGUCACUGGAAUUCUUUGCAAGAAAACUUUAGGAGCUUCUUCUGGGUCUAUGUUGCAUGUUGCUUGGAUGGAAUUAGGUCAUGAAAUUGCUGGUAGAUUUUAUGGUAACAUUCAAACUGUGGUAAACAAUUGGCUGUUGCUUGAGGGUAUGAGCAUAGGUAUUGGUGAUACUAUUUCAGAUCCUGCCACUUACAGAGUCAUUCAGGACACCAUCCGGAAAGCUAAGGAGGAUGUAAUAGAGGUUAUUCAUAAAGCUCACAAUGAUGAACUUGAGCCUACACCAGGUAACACAUUGAGGCAGACUUUCGAGAAUCAAGUAAAUCGUAUUCUGAAUGAUGCUCGAGACAAAACUGGUGGUUCUGCUAAAAAGUCACUGACAGAAUACAACAAUCUAAAGGCUAUGGUAGUGUCAGGUUCAAAAGGAUCCAAUAUUAACAUUUCUCAGGUUAUUGCUUGUGUGGGUCAGCAGAAUGUAGAAGGUAAAAGAAUUCCUUUUGGUUUCCGGAAGAGAACCUUGCCUCAUUUCAUUAAAGAUGAUUAUGGUCCUGAGUCCAGAGGUUUCGUGGAAAAUUCAUAUCUUGCAGGACUGACCCCUUCAGAGUUCUAUUUUCACGCCAUGGGUGGUCGUGAGGGUUUGAUUGAUACUGCUGUAAAAACUGCUGAAACUGGCUACAUUCAGCGUCGACUGAUCAAAGCUAUGGAGAGUGUAAUGGUAAACUAUGACGGGACAGUCAGGAACAGUGUUAGUCAGGUGAUUCAGCUCAGAUAUGGCGAGGAUGGUUUAGCAGGAGAAUAUGUAGAGUUCCAGAAGAUGCCAACUGUCAAGUUGUCCAAUCGUCGGUUUGAAGAUAGAUAUAGAUUUGAUGUUACAAAUGAAAGGUAUUUGAGACGUUUGUUCAAUGAAGAUGUGGUACGCGAGUUGAUCGGCUCUCCUGAAGCUAUUAGUACUCUCGAAGGAGAAUGGCAGCAACUUCAAGAAGAUCGAGUUGGUCUGAGAGAAGUUUUCCCCAAGGGUGAUACAAAGGUGGUGUUGCCAUGCAACUUAGAGAGGAUGAUCUGGAAUGUACAGAAGAUCUUUCAUAUUAACAAACGAACUCCAACCGACUUAUCACCUGUAAAGGUGGUGGAAGGUGUAAGAGAUAUGCUUGUGAAAUGUAACAUUGUGACUGGAGAGGAUCGUAUUAGUGUACAGGCCAACAGGAAUGCCACAUUCUGUUUCCAGUGUUUAGUGAGGUCUACAUUGUGCACCAAAAAAGUUGCUGAGGAAUACAAGUUAACUACAGAAUCAUUCAACUGGUUGAUUGGUGAAAUUGAAACAAGGUUCCAUCAGGCAAUU